GAUAGGCGAUGCGGGUAGGUGCGAGAAGGACGAAGGAACGGUGACGAUGGCUUGGUGUGGGCGCGUGUCUGGCAGCUGCCGCUUACAGGUGGUGUGCUUGCUUGGGAACCAACCUCUACGGACCGUUCCCACGGAAGGCCUGGCCCCCACCACGGUCCCUGCUGCCGCCCCUUUACCUCCCUGGUGCAGGGGCCCGUGGCUAUAUAAGCCGUCCUCGAACCCACCAGCCACCACAAUCACGCUGAUCGUUCAGAAAGGUCGACGAGGAGAGCCGCGUUUUAACCGAUCACGGACUGACUCGCUCGACCGAUUUACUUGCUCUCUAUCGAUUCAGUUUUUCUGUCUGUCCAUCUGUCUGUCUAUUUGUCUAUCCAUCUAUCUGUCCAUCCGUCUAUCUAUUUUUCUCUUCGACAGAGAUCAAAUAGUUCGACGAAACAGUGUGUUGUUAUUGUUACUUGUUGUACGCAACAAUAAAAAACUGAGUGUACACAUCGAGUAGAUACAUAUAUAUAUACAUAUAUAUAUAUUAUAUAUAUAGUAUAUAUAUACUAUAUAAAGUGCUGCAAAUUGGUGUUGUGAGAACGUUGAAAGAAGCGAUAAGGGAUUAACCAUGCAGAUGCACGAGCAAAUCAUCAUGGUCGAUGGCCAAGAACAGCCUAUCUCGAGGACGUAUCAGUACAGAAAGGUGAUGAAACCGAUGCUAGAACGGAAACGUAGAGCACGUAUCAAUCGUUGCUUGGACGAGCUAAAGGAUCUUAUGGUGACGGCUUUAGCCGGAGACGGGGAAAACGUAGCAAAAUUGGAGAAAGCGGAUAUCCUCGAAUUGACCGUUCGCCAUCUUCACAAACUUCAGCGUCAGCAACGUUUAUCAGCGAAUCCGGUGAUAGAUGCUGAUCGUUUCAGAGCCGGUUACACGCAUUGCGCUAACGAAGUUAGCCGUUGUCUCGCGGCAACUCCUGGCGUCGACGUAGCUCUCGGUACCAAAUUGAUGACCCAUCUUGGACACAAACUAAAUUCGAUGGACAAAACCGGACCGUUGACCAUCCACGUGGCUGCACCACAAUCCUCGCCUUCCUCAUCGAGCGAACUCAGUUCCGACGAAUAUUCGAUGCCUCUUACACCGGCCUCCAGUCAACCAUCUCCGGUAAGGACGGACGUCGAUACCAUCCCCCAACAGAGCCAUCAUCUCGCGGAGGGUCUCUUACGAGUCGCUAAAUCCGACGAAACCAUCUGGAGACCCUGGUAAAAGCGAAGGGAAACUUUUCGCGUUGGCGUCGAAAUUUCUCUUGAAAAAAAAAAUUAAAAAAAAAGGUGGAGAAGAAGAAGAAGAAGAAGAAGAAAGGAAGAAAAAGAGAAGAGCCACGCCUAAAUAAUUCUCAACGUGAGACCGAGAAAAACGCUUGAGAAUGACAAAGAUCUCUCUUCGCGCGGUGCGACGGUUCUGGUGCAAUUUCAUCUGUGAUUUAAUACGGAUGAUCUCGGAAUAAUCGAUAGACGAGGAUAAUUGAGACUCUCGAGAGUUUUAUAUUAUUUUUCUCUUGAGAAAAGAGUUUCAAGAUGACUCGCUUCCAAUAGAGAAAGAAAAGGUACAAGAAGAAGAGGAAGAAAAAGAAGUUCGAGUAUUUCUAAGAACGAACGAUAAUACGAAAAACAAAAUCGUUCAUCAACCGAUGACGGAACCAAGAUCUCCAAAUGUAUCGGUGAAAUAAGACAACACGAAACGAAAGACUUCUCGAUUAGUGAUGUCCUCUUUCGAAUAUUCUAUUCUCGCGUAAUACGAACAAAUCUACCUGAAGACCUGAGCUUUCUCCUUCGCGUUAAUCGAUUCGUAUAAGAUCGAAGAAAGUAUUAAGAUCUCGAUAUAUAUAUAUAUAUAUAUAUAUAUAUACAUAUAUAUGUGCGUGUGUAUGUAUGUAUAUAUAUAUAUGAAAAUAAUUGACCGUGAUGCGGUAAUAAGCAGCCACGGUUGAAGCUUUAAUUUACAUAAUCCCGAUGGUUAGAUUUUUCUAUUGUUUGUUUCAUACUUUUAUCGAAAUACAUAUCUUGUUUAUUUAGUCGAUUUCCUCGCGAAAAAAAUUUUCGAAGAUCGAAGAUUUUUGUGCCCGGAUAAGUGCAUUCUGUUUCCAAUGCGCUAAUUCUUUUCGUUUCUUUUUUUUCUUCUUUGGUAAAUAGAUGUAACGAGAUGCAUUGAUUCUUAAAUUCUUUUCUAAAACUUUUUGAUUGACGUUAAAGAGAGAAAAAAAAACAAAUACGAUCGAUGAAACAGACUGCACAAAUUAACUCGCGAUGAAAACGUCUGUUGUAUAUGCGUUUCCUCCUCCGUCAAAGCGUUAAGGCAUCGGGCUUCUGAGAUCGUCUUUUUCAUUAUUGUUAAUAAAUAAUCGUUUUAUGAGAUAUGCGUGUUAAAUUAAAGAUUUAAAAAAGGAAGAAAAAAAAAGGAGAAAAUAAAAAAGACGUCGACGUAACUCGAUUGAGAGGAGGAUAUUGUGAUAGAGAAACGUGUACCUGUGAUAUUUACUGUAGUAGAGAUAGUAAAAUGAUACUAAAGUUUUAAUAAACAUGUUUCCACGUCUAUUCAA